AUGUAUCAACAACCAAUGCACUUUAAUAUGCGUCGAUCUAUGGACAUACCGCCACCUUUACAUUUAUCAAAUCAAUCUGACAACGAGAUUCCAAGUCAAUAUACUCCGAUUACACCAUUUGACAUAAGUUAUGGCCAAUCUAUGAUACCAUCCAACUUGUUGAUGAACUCACCAUAUUUCACACCACCUCCAACGGCAAGUCAAUACUUCCCUCCCCAGUAUUCCCGAAACAGUUCUCGCACUGGUUCUCAAUCGUCGUCACCGCGAGGUACACAUUCAAAAUUGCGCUUAAACGGUAAUAAAGGAAUAAAUAAUAACCAUCAACACGAUAAUACCAGAAAAAUGCAUUAUAUAUCCUCGAUGGGUAAUGGUAAUCCAAAGAGCGCAGUGUCUAUGAAUCAAAUGGCUGAUCAACCAAGUUGCUCGAGAACGGUGAUUUUCAAAAAUAUAUCUGAAAACGUGUCGAUGCACGAGUUUUUGGAUGCAAUAGAUUUUGGCCCCAUAGAAUAUUGUAAAAUUUUUUCCAAACCAACACCAAGACUCACUAAGGAAAAGUAUCCUGAAUCUCCUGAUAGCAUGCAAAUAUGCUACGUUUCGUUCAGCAAUUACAAAAUUGCAUUGGCCUUCUCCUCUAAGUAUACACAAGACACCAAUCUUAUGGAGGGAUUAAAAGAAAAAUUGAAAAACUCAACCUACUUGAAAAUUCAGUUGAAUGAUACACAAGGGAAGCACAAAUCUACUUCCUAUUCCAAUCAAGAUUAUUUAAAGUUGAAGACGCUCAAUUAUAUUUUGGAGUUUAAUGCAACAAGAUGUUUAACUAUUUCGUUUAGUGCAGCCCAUGAGAUUCCAGAAAAUGUCGAAACUGAUUCCGCUCAUGAGAGUAUUAAAUCCUCAAUAUUGAAUCAUUGUGAAAAAUUUGGCCAAGUUGAAGAUUUUGUAUUUGACAUAAAAAGCAGUAAGGACAUUUGUGGUAAGGUUGUGGUACAUUUUUGCUCGAUCGACUCUGCAAUCAAAGCUUAUGAGAAUUUGUCAAAGAGAAUAAAUCAAAACUCACGUUAUGAUCGUAAGGAAAAUAGCCAUAGCGACACAACUAAUGCUUCUUCCACUAAGAGUUUUAAUAGUUUGAAUGAUAUCAGGUUUUCAGGGGUAGAGUUUGGUAAAGAUCGUUGUGACAAGAACGCCGUAUAUUCAGAAAGACCCGUCUUAUAUUCUUCAUCAUCGAAAAAUCAUAUUCAAUGCAUUCCAGAAGAUGAAGAGACAGGCACAGAAGAUCAAUCGAAAGACGUUUCGAAUUUGAAAGAAUUUAUCACCUCUCCUGAGAUUGAAAGAGUUCCUGGUACGUUAAACAUUGCUGACCCAAUAAGCCCAAAUUCCUCGGAUGUCGAUGGAGGAUCACCAAUGAAGUCUCCAAUAGUUAAUGGCGAGAGUGGUUUAGAGUCCCCAAGCUUAAGCAAUGCUGAUUACUCUGUGGCUUCAUUCAGUCCAAGAUUCCAUUCUUCAUUUCCUCAACCUCCUUAUUUACCAGGAAACUCCAUGAUGACAAACUCUAACGUAUCACUUGUGUCAUUGCCUGGACCUGAUCCACAAGCUUUUGGCAACAGAUCAAUAUAUUUAGGGAAUUUGCAUCCAAGUACUACUAUAGAAGAAAUCGCCAAUAACGUUAGAGCCGGCGGCUUAGUUGAGUCAAUUAAUUACCGACCAGAGAAACGAGUUUGUUUCAUUACUUUUAUUGACCCAAAUAUAGCUUACAAGUUCUUUAUGAGUCACCAGGUAUUACAUCAAUUAGUUAUUCAUGGCUAUGAAGUCACUGUUGGAUGGGCAAAUCAACCUAGUGGACCAUUACCACGUGACAUUGGAGUCGCUGUCAGUUCAGGUGCAACAAGAAAUGUAUAUAUUGGGAUCAAAACUGCUAAUAGUAGUGCUCUUGAUUCGUCUGAGAAAGUAACAAAAAUUCCAUUACCAUCAGAAAAAGAAUUGCGGGAAGAUUUUGGCAAGUUUGGUCCUUUGGAACAAAUCAAUUUCAUUCACAAUAGGGAAAGUGGGUUUAUGAAUUUUUUGCGUAUUGCAGAUGCAAUCAAAGUUGUUUCCAUUUUUGAACAUGGUGUUGCCAUUAGCAUGAAACGAUUAAAAAGAGUUUUUAAACUGGAAGAGGAAGCUGAAAAGUUCUAUAAUAGGUACAAAACUUAUAAAGUUAGUUUUGCUAAAGAUAGAUGUGGUAAUCCGCCAAAGUUUUCAUUUAAGAAACGAAGUACCGAUCAUCCAAACAUGUACCAACAGUAUGACCAUCAUUCAACUUCUAGUCUCAGACAUCUGCGAGGUAACCAAGAGUCUCAUUCCAGCGACAAAAAUAGUACAAAUGAAUAUAACAAGGAAGUGAUUGCACAAGAGGCAGCAAUGGUUUUUGGUAUUGUGAGCAAAACUAAUGCAGAUAGCCAGGGAAAUACAUCUACUGAAUUGUCAGAUGUACCAGAAACUAAAGAAGAAGAUGGUGAAGUACAUGAGUAUGCAGCACCAAAAAGUACCAAUACUCAAAAUGGAGAAAACACCGAUAAAGGUAAUAAACUGGAGGAUAUCAAAGAACAAAAAACAGAACGGAAUGGUGAUCAUAACAAAGAUAGAGAAGAAGAAAAUAAUGACGAGGAGGAAGAUGAUGAAGAUGAAGAUGACGACGACGAUUAUGACGAUGUAUCUAUAAUCAUUGGAUCUGAUGACACUGCAUCAUUUAACAAUAGUUUCAAUAAGGAAACAAAAGGAGAACAUAAAUCAUCAAGGUCAAGACCACGAUACCAAAAAAUAUAUCAUAAUAGUUAUUCUGAGCCAACAUUCAGAAGAAGUUCUUCAAAUUUGUCAAUAAAUGGUUCUAUGAAUUACAGCCAAGGACCAUAUAUGCAGCCACAACCUGUUUAUUUUUUGCCACAUCUUAGUCGUAACAAUUCUUCAUCUAGCUUUAUGUCUAGUAACAUGUACGGUCCACCAGGUAAUGCCCCACCACCUCAUCCUUACUUUGUUUCACCUCCCCAAUUUAUACCCCAACCCCAAGUUUGUUAUCCUCCAAUGAUGCAGGUCCCAAGUGGACAGGCAAACAAUCCUUAUUCAAGCUCUGGGUCUCAGGUUAUGGCACAAUAUUUGGCCAAAUCUCAACAGGAUAACAUGAUGUAUGGAAUGAUACCUAAUAAUGGUGAUACGUUUGAUAACUCAUUUGAUGAUAAUGGCCUGUACGCAAGCAGACGAAGUGCAGGUUCUUUUCGUCGUGGAUAUAAAAAAUGA